CCAAAAUGGGAUCCGUAUAUCAAGGAGAAAACGCUCUAACGACGUCCUACCGCUAUGGCUCCUCCCACGUCGAACCUAUCCCAUUAGCACAACCACAACUAUCUACAGCACCCCAUGUCUUCCCCUUCGGAUACCCAAUCGCGCACUCCCUCGCCCCAAAGCUCCAUGAAUCCCUCUUUAAAAGCGUUUCCCUCCCUUGGAAAUACAACCUUCACGAGACCCAAAACAGCUCCGAGUUCCUGCCGGCCCUCCACCAACCCGGUGUCGUCGGCUGCGCAAUCACAAUGCCCUACAAAAUCUCCCUAAUGUCCGCAGUCGACGAAGUAACAGACGAAGGCCGGCUCAUCGGGGCAAUCAACACUGUCUUCCUGCGUCGUGUACCAGAUAAUAAGGCCAAGGUCCGAUAUAUCGGCACAAAUACCGACUGUAUCGGCAUCCGCGAAGCAUUCCUGCAGAACUACCCUGGCAUUCUUGGGCAAUCAACGGGGAAGCCAGCCCUAAUUAUCGGAGGCGGCGGAGCUUGUCGUGCCGCUAUUUACGCGCUGUGGAAAUGGCUCGGGGCGAGUAGGAUCUACCUCGUGAACAGACUGGGGAGCGAGAUUGCUGCUAUAAAGGAGUCGUUUGAUGCUUUUCCUGAGUUCACUGGUGAACUUGUGCAUGUUUCCUCGGUGCAGCAGGCUGAGGGGCUGGAGACGCCUGUGUUGGUUGUAGGGACGAUACCGGAUUAUCCGCCUCGUGAGGAAGGGGAGAAGCUUGUGAGGGAGAUAACGAAGGUGUUUCUAGGUCGAAGGGAUAAGGGAUAUGUGCUUGAGAUGUGCUACCACUCGAAGCCAAAGACGGAGUUCUUUGCGCUGUGCGUUGAGGCUGGGUGGGGGGUUUUGUAUGGGACUGAGUCGAUGAUUUGGCAGGGAGUUGCACAGCAGAUUCUCUGGGCAGAGCUGCCGCUUGAAAGGUUUAAGGUGGAUGAGGCGUCUAAGGAGAUUUCUGAAGCUCUGUGUUCUCAUGGUAUAUAGAUAUGUAGGUAGAGUAAGUAAUAGUCUGCCUCUGAAGUCCACCAGUCUUUAUAUACAACCCCCGCGAUUAGGUACAUCCUGAGGGGGUUGAAGAAGACCAUCUCUUGCAGCUUGUUCAAUACUGUCUGCCCAAAUCUCCGCCAUCUUGACAUAUCCCUCAUCACCAGGAUGUAUCCCAUCAUCAACCAAAUCCCCAACCCGAGGUCCUCGAGGGCCAUACAAAUCAGCAAGAACUAUCCUCUUAUUAUCAGCCCCCUUCCUCUCCACCAAGUCCCUUAUCUGCUCAUUCACUCUCAAAAUUCUCGAAUUGAUCCCCUCAUCAGCAGC